AUGGGACCUAUAAUUAAUAAUCGUCAACAAACAGCAAAUAACGUUAGUUACUGUGAACCACGCGAUGCUUGGAUAGAAGUUACCGACAAACAGCAGUUUUUUUAUUUCAACAUUCGAGGACGUGGUGAACUCAUUCGAUUAAUCCUUCAUGCCGCUGAAAAAGACUUUGUCGAUCAACGUGUGACCAGCGCUGAAUGGACUAAUCUGAAACCCAAAAUACCAUUCAAAAAGCUACCAGUCUUGGAAGUCGCCACGCCGAAUGGAGAUACGGUCAUGCUGACUGAGAGUAUGGCGAUUGCUCGCCUUCUAGCAAGAAGUUUCAAUCUCUAUGGUAACGACGCCGGUGAGAUCUACCUGAUUGAACGAUUUAAUUCAUUGCCAUUGGACAACGAUCGGCCAAGUGUUCGUGACGAUGUUGACAUAUCUUCCCUCUUGGAAGGAAUCUAUUCUUCCAACCUGAAGGACGCUGAUAACUACGCCAAGAUUGCUAACGCGGAGCAAAUCUAUGAAUACUUUGAUGCUAUAGAAACAGCGCUGAGGGAACGCAAAGGCACCUUUGUUGCGGGCAACCGUGUAACUAUAGCAGAUCUUCAAAUAAUUGUACUCAUUGACACAAUUGACAGAUUUCUGUCGAAAUUUAAACACGACUGCGUGGGCAAAUUGCAUGAAAUCAAGGAAAGUGUCCUUAGGCAGAAGCCAGGCGUUGCAAAAUAUCUUCGAUCGCGUCCUGUCACUGAUUUCUAA